ACAUUUAUUGAGCUAAGGCGAGGUUGUCACAGUAACGCGUCAGCACUGGAACUAAAAUGGCAGCGCUAGCACACCAGAGGACCAGUCUACAAAAGAAGAUACACCACGCAGCUCAAAACAAACGUGUCCGAUUUAACGAGUUUUUCAAAGAUUUCGACCGACUUAGAACUGGUGAAAUUACUGAGUCCCAAUUCAAGAGAUGUAUAAACCAGAGUUUUGGAGUGACAGUGUCCGAAAUUGAUUUUAACCAAACAAAAGACAUUUACGGAAGUAAUGUUAACAUAGGAAUGAUUAACUACCGGGAAUUUCUCAACGGUCUGCACGAAAAUGAGCGGUGUUUCUCACGAAAGUCACCCACUUUAACAGAAAAUGUCAGCCAAAUCCUGGAAAAACUUCAAAGUCACUACGAUUUCCGGGGCAUUAUCCUGUCUGACUGCUUCGAAGAUUUCGAUAAAACUAACUCUGGGCUGGUCACCGAGAGUCAGUUCUGGAGAUGCUUCCCGUCAAUACCGGACGUCUUGACUCAUACCGAGAUAUCAGAGAUAAUACAGACAUACCGACAUAGAAACACCAACCUUAUCAGCUAUUCUAAAUUCCAAGGAGACUUGGACAGGAUUCCACCAUCUGGUGAUAACUGUGGUUUGAGGGAGUUACGUCCUGUUGCGUCACCGCCUCCCGUCACUCCAGCCAGACAAAAACCUGUACUCAAAGUCCUUGACAAGGUUCAACUUCAUGUUUACAAGGAUGGUAUCAGAACGACUGAGUUCUUCAUUGACCAUGAUAAGUUGAGGAGUGGGUUCAUUACUAAGAACCAGUUCAUUAUUGGAUUGAACUUGAUUUGUGGCAACAGGUGCCCUUUAACGAGAGAAGAAGGAGAUAAGAUAGCAGAAUACUACAUUGCUAAAGAUGGCAGGGUCUGUUACCGGGACUUUUGCUUCCUCAUGGAAAACGCAUUCAACGUACCCCACCUGGAGAAGAACCCAACAGCAACUGUCUACAGGCCGCACACGGGCGCGCUGGCGCCCACCGUCCACAAGUUGGACCCGGACGAUGAGGAGCAGGUGGAGAAAGUGCUGGAUAUUCUCCGGGAUUAUGUGACCAGGAGGAGGAUUACCAUGUUGUAUCCUUUCUUUAAAGACUUUGACAGGGGAAAGUUGUUCAGUCGGGGUGUAACAAAAGCUCAGUUCAGGAGACUUCUCAACUUUUUUGAUGUUGAUCUGUCUGACAGAGAUUGUGAGUUGAUAUGUAAGAAGUUUGAAGAAUCUAACGGCACGGAUGUUAACUAUCCUGCCUUUGUGCAAGCUAUCGACAAAGACUAUCAAGAAGACAGUCACGUGAACGAGGAUAAAUCCAGCCAUCUUCGAGCCCAGUCUCUCUCACCUCUCUCCCCAAAGCUUAGCCCUCACCUGAUCGACAUUCAGAAACUGAUACACAGGCUGCAGUGUGAGGUUAAGGUGUACCGUGUGAGGGUGUGUGAACAUUUCAAGGAUUUUGAUGGCCUCAAGUCUGGGUCUAUCUCUAAAAGUUUAUUUAAAAGGGGUUUGGCAAGUAUGCAGGGUAACCACUACAACCUCACUCGAUCUGAACUAGAAGCUCUCUCCAUCUAUUAUACCGAUCCUAAAACUACCGGAGACGUAAGGUGGAGUGAUUUUGAGAGAGAUAUGGAAAAAGUAAUAACUGAACGGAAUCUAGAAAAGAAGCCCGACUUUAGGGUCCGAUCAAACGACCACAUAACACUAAAUUCUUGGAAUACCGAGAGUGAGAUAAGCGAUGAGGUCAGAACCCGAGGUAAAAACGCAAUCCAAAGAAUGCGAGAGCAAAUAGCACAGCGAAGAAUCAUGACUAAACCGUGUUUUCACGACUUUGACCGACACAACUGUGGGUAUGUGAGCCGGAACCAGUUUGAACAGGGACUUAGUUAUCUGAGAUUAGAGAGCACGGAGGCUGAAAGAAAGGCAAUCAACGCGAUGUAUGGCGACUCCAAAGGCAUUAACUACCACAUAUUCUUCAACGACCUGGAUCCCGUUAAACCAGAACCCCGGAAAUAUGAACGGAAUUUAUCCGAGAUGGUCCAGUACAUAAAAUUCCGGGAAACCGGCACUGAACGGCUCCUUAAAAAGGACGGAUGUAAAACGGUGGAGGCGGUGAUCGAGAAGAUAAAGGAGACGGUUAUGAAGCGACGGAUCAGAAUUCUUGAAUUUUUCAAAGAUUAUGACAAGCUCAAGUCAGGACGGAUAUUAAAGAGUAAUUUCAAGAGAGCUCUAGAUUUGAGUGGUCUGGAUCUGACUGUGGAUGAGAUUGAUCUUUUAGCAAUGAGAUAUCAAUCUGACUGCAAGGAGGACUGUGUUUAUUACCACCACUUUAACGAUGAGAUAGAGAGUAUUUUCACGGUGAAGGAGCUGGAGAAAUCACCUACCGCACCGGUGGUACAGUACAAGAUAAUGCCGGCCUGGCUAAAGAAUAACUUAUCUAAACCAAUCCAGGAAGUCUACAAUUCUGCCAUGGAACACCUUGCCCGAUUUGUGAAAACGCGCCGAAUGCAGCUCUACCCGAUGUUUGAAGACUAUGAUAAGUGUAGGAAUGGUACUGUUACCUACUCCCAGUUUCGAAGAGUACUAUCAAUACUAUCUCUGAUUGCCGACGAGGUAGAAUUUCACGCCUUAGAAAAACAAUACAAAGUCAACGUUGGAGGCAUGAACGUGUUUAACUACCUAGCUUUCUGCGACGACAUUUACGAUAUAGCAAAACUUAAUAAACUUGAUUAGAGACGUACAAAAUUAAGAAAUCAGAUUGAGUUGUCUUUAAAAUAACCUUCAGAGACACUGAAUUUUAAAUGUUCUUUGAUAGAAUUUAUUUUUACAGUGUGAGAUAUUAAAACACCUGCUUGGCGGUUGUCAGCCUUAUCCAUUUACGUUGCACGUAAUGGUUAUGAUUAUUUUGAAUUGAAGCACAGCAGUACAGCAAUGGGAAGUAAAACUUUAUUCUGUGCUAAACGGAAUGGUAAUUUUUGAGAUUUUAUCCGACAUUUAUAUUAAAUAUGUUUAUGUCUGUUUUAA